CGAUUAUAUCGAUGUUCAAACAACAUCGGUUGAUAUAUCGCAAAAUAAUAAACAGAACGCGUGUUUAAACACGGGUCCGAAUAUGGUGUUACAUCGAGUGAAAAGAAGAAGAAAAGAACGCACUUUGUAAUGUGUUUUGUAAUGACCUUAUAGUGCUGUUAUCUAUCGAAGUUGCUUUUAUGCGUUGUAGUUUAAUUGUUCGAUAAAAUCACACGUCCUAAAUUUAAUAAAAAUUUAGAUAAAUAUAGUAUACUAUUGUAUUGUAGUAUAUUAUAAAGAUAUCCUUGAAAGCAUAAACUAUCAUAGAAGAUAUUCAUAGCACGAAAAAUGCGAUCUAUGACAAAAUUGUUCACUUCGCUAAGAUAUGCAUUAAGAAAGAAUACACGCGUGCGAAACCUAACCUCUCAGUCAAUCACCUCUGCUACAAAUGCGAAUGUCGACAAAGAAAAAGAAAAAACGGUGCUGGUUAAACAGCUGGGGCAGGUAACUACGAUUGGUAUCAACCGUCCAGAAAAGAAGAACUGUUUAGAUGUUGCAACUGCACAGUUAUUAUCUGAAACAUUGGAUGAAUUUGAAAAUAACAAAGAAUCGUUAGUAGGAGUAUUAUAUGGAGUGGGAGGUAAUUUUUGUGCUGGUUACGAUCUUAAAGAGAUUGCUAAUUACGAUGGCGAAAAUGAAGAAAGCAUACCACACUUUGGGCCAUUGGCAAACAGAAUUGAAUUAUGUAAGAAGCCAAUGGUUGCAGCUUUGAGUGGAUAUGCAAUUGGAAUAGGAUUCGAGCUUGCUCUAAUGUGCGAUUUGAGAGUCAUAGAGGAUACUGCGAUGGUGGGUUUCCUAAAUCGACGUUUUGGGAUUCCAAUUUUUAGUGGCGGUACUGUCCGUUUGCCUGCUCUAAUUGGAUAUUCCAGAGCUAUGGAUCUUAUAUUAACAGGAAGGCUAGCUUCCGCGCAGGAAGCAUUUAAUUGGGGAAUUGCACAUAGAAGCACAUGUUGUGGUGCAAGUUUGGGUGUAGCAAUGACCUUGGCGUCUUCCCUUGUAAAAUUCCCGCAAAAAAGUUUGUUGGCGGAUCGUACUUCUGCACAUUUUGCCACGUUUAUGUCGAAAGAAAUAGAGGAAGCACUGCAGUUCGAAAAGGAUAAUUCUUCACAUUUGAUAUUAGAAGAAGGUGUUCCAGGUGCCAAAAAAUUCAUCGAUGAUGGAAUAGGAAGACAUGGGAAAUUUUACAAUCUUAAAGAGAAAAGUUCAAGCAUUCGUGAAUUAGAUGAAAAUUUACUAUAAAAAUAUAUAUAUGUAAUUAUGUAUAUAAUGUUUUUUAAAUAUUUUAAGUGUAAUAAAAUUAUCAAUUUUCAUAACUUCUUUUUAUCGAUAAACUGAUUGUACAGAAAUAUUAUAUUUAAUGUAUCAUUUAUUCUCUCAUCAUGUAGUUCGCUAUGUUUACGAUAUACAGCUACGAUUGUAAAAUAAUAUAUUCCAUUUAUUAGA